AUGCCGGACGGUAGACACCACCACUCCCGACGGGGUCAGAGAACGGACCACUUCGACCCUUCCGAACUCACCCAGGCCUUUGAACAAUUGAUGCGCACCAAGCGAUUCAACCGUCUUCAGGAACAGUCUCGGUCCCGUUCUCGAACCCAGUCACCAGCGCCCAUGUCCCCGAGCCCCUUCAACACACCGCCCCAUCCGUCACGAGCACCGCCGCCGCCGCCGACCGCAGCUCAAUCCCCGAUGCCAUCCACCCCGCAACCUUCGUCACGGUCGCCGCUCUGGGGCCUCCCUAUCGUCCCAGCACCCCCUCAAGAUUCAGCUUCGCUCAAAUUCCGCAACCUUCUCCACGUCCUGUCCGUGACUCCGACCAAAUACGAGAAUCCCGGCCUCCUGGACGAGGCGCUGGCCUUGAUCCCGCUGGAUCGACUCUACUCGGAGGCGGAGGAGGAGAGCCAGAUCUUCCAGGCUCAAGCUGCUAGUGUGAGAGGAAAGGCCGAAUGGGGCUACCAAGAUUGCGUGAUCCGCGCGUUAUUAAGAUGGUUUAAGCGAUCCUUCUUCCAGUUCGUCAACAACCCUCCGUGCAAUCGGUGCUUUAUGCCUACUAUCGCCCAGGGCAUGACGCCGCCCACUCCUGAUGAGACCGCCCGGGGAGCCACCCGUGUGGAACUCUACCGAUGCUCGGAGCCCACCUGCGGUGCUCCUGAGAGAUUCCCUCGAUACUCGGAUGUUUGGCAGCUGUUACAGACCCGCCGUGGGCGGGUUGGUGAAUGGGCCAACUGCUUCAGCAUGUUUUGCCGGGCGCUGGGUGGCCGUGUGCGGUGGGUGUGGAAUUCAGAGGACUACGUCUGGACGGAGGUGUACUCGGAGCAUCAGCGGCGGUGGGUCCAUGUCGAUGCCUGCGAGGACGCGUGGGACCAACCUCGCCUGUAUGCUGAGGGUUGGGGUCGCAAGAUGUCGUACUGUGUUGCCUUCUCGAUCGAGGGGGCGACGGACGUCACGCGGCGGUACGUGCGCAGCCCCGCCAAGCACGGAGCCCCACGAAACCGCGCCCCGGAGGAAGUCCUCGUGUGGGUGAUCCAGGAAAUCCGGAAGAAGCGACGGGACAACCUGGGCAAGACAGACUUGAAGCGGUUGACCAAAGAAGACGACCGGGAGGAAAGGGAGCUGCGCGCCUACACGACCUCGGCCCUGGCCGCGGAGCUGAACAACAUCCUCCCCCGACACUCCAGCAGUCGCCUCGAUGAACAGAAGCGACAGGAGGCGGAAACAGAGUUUCUCACCACUCGACGGGCCGGUCAGUCUGGACCGGACCGAUCGUCGGAUGGUCAAUAA